ACAAGAAGAGAAGGCUAUGUAUGAUCGUCCACUGUAUCAACAAUGUUGACUUUUGUUUUGUCCCGUUCUGUUUGUAAUAUAGAAAUAAAUACUAUGGCCCGUUAAUCAUUUUAUAGCACGAUGAAUUGUUUUACAACAAAAAAAACUGUAUUUACGUCACUUGCGGAUAAAUAGAAAAUUGAUGACGACAUCAGCGGCCGAUAAAAUGAAACGUACAUAUUCGUUUUGUUUUGUUUCGUUGUGUGGACUGUGGGUUAUAUUUACCAGUGACAGAGUGCAGUACGUGUAUAGUUGACCUAUACGGCGGCAGUUGCAAGUGUAUGUUCACCUCGUCGUUGAAACCACAACAGUGAGUAUCUCUCGCAAUUAAUACUCGAUUAACUUCUUUUAUCGCCGAACAUUAGAAGUUCGUAGCACUAUAUUAGGCGACUAUCCAGGUGAGUGAACGCAUUUUCCCACUAUGUUUACCAAGUUGGUGAAAACUAUCCACAAGGUGCUUCUCGAUGACGGCUUCCAUCUAGUUGGAACAUCGGCGGACAGCAAAGCCACCGAUGACAUUCUCACCUCACUGCCGAGUGAUUGGGAUUCAAGCGAUGAUGUGUGGGUUCUUGCGUACAGGGCACCGAACGAACAGAAGAAGAGUCUUGCUGUGUUGAAAGCCCUGAAGGUGGGAGAGACGUUGGAGGUGCAUAUGAGCACUGGGGAUACGGAUGAGAACGGUCUGAGCUGCGAAUUGGUAUUGAAAGAGUUCGUCGAUGAGGAUGGGGAGCUGGACGUAAUUGCUGUUCGAAGGAGGGUUGUGGACAAACUAACAAAUCCGUUCAAGGAGGGGAAUACAUCAAGCAAAACACAAUCAGAUACUAAGAAGGAUAACAAAAAUAGCAGACCGUCGGAAAGAAAACCUCCUGUGGACCUGCGCGACUAUUCGCGCGGUGGUCAGCGCAUGGGUGGGCAUCCCGCUGGGUUUGGCUACGGUUCAAAUGACUUGAACCCACAGUUCGGUGCCUUUGGGGGGCCUGCGGGUAUGGGUGGCCUGGGAGGCAUGGGUGGUAUGGGUGGUAUGAGUGGUGUGGGUGGCGGUGGGAUGAUGUUUGACCCACGUGGUCUGGAGGGAAUGCGAGGUGGGCCCCCUUCCAGAGGUCCUAUGCCAGGUACUAUACCACCGGGAGCACGCUACGACCCCAUUGGCCCAGGCGAUACAUAUCGCCCGAGAGGGAACAAUCCAGACUGGGACGUGGCCUCGGCAGAGCCUGAUCCAGACGAGUUACCGCCACCAGGCUACAAUAAUAUGUUUAUGUAGAUGAUGGUAACGCUCCGCUUUUGGCUUGGAACUUCGUGAGCUUCAUAAUUAUAGUUGUGAGUAUACAUCCAUGAACAAGCGCGCAAGUAUGAGUCGGUGUUCUCCAAUACUUUUCUGGUCUUCUGGUCGAGUACUCAGAAAUGUAGCUAUUGCCGGAGAAGAGAUACUAGGAAUUUUUGUACCAUGAAUUUACGAAAUUAACGGGGGGUGACCCCUCAGGUAUAUCAUAACUAUCUACGCAACGGAAAUAUAAAAUAGUCAAAUUCAGUACAAAUUAAAGUCACAACGUCCCUACAGGGAUUCAUAAAUAUCACCUAUGCCACUACUUUCAAGCUGAGAAUCCCAAUACAAUCCUGGGCGUGAGCAGUACGGUAAGGGGUAAACGCCUUUGGAGUCGCGAAUACACGUCUAUUGUUAUUGUGUUUAAUUAUUCUGG